AGAUAAAGAAAAGUGUGUUUACUUACAACAACAUAACCAUGAAAACAAUCAGCCUUUUAGUUGUCAAACUCAUUGUUUGGUUCUUGCUUCUUGGAAGUGUUUUAUCUAAUGAUUAUAAAACUUUUAAGAAACUUGUGUUGCCUCCAAGUGUCACAGGUCCUGAAUCUGCUGCUUUCGACCGUGCUGGUGAAGGUCCAUACGUGACAGUCGCGGACGGUAGGAUCCUAAAAUGGAAAGGUCCCGCCAUUGGGUUCGUUGAUUUCGCUUACAUUUCACCUAACAGGACCAAGAAGUUAUGUGAUGGUACAAAUGAUCUUGAAUUGGGACCAACAUGUGGAAGACCAGUGGCUCUUAGCUUUAACUAUAAAACUAGUGAUCUUUAUAUCACCGAUGCUUUCUUCGGUCUCCUGGUUGUAGGAUUCAAUGGCGGUCUUGCGACUCAACUUUCCGGUGGUUACAAGUACUUAUCAGGCAUUGACGUUGAAUCAUAUACCGGAAAUGUUUAUAUGACUGAUGCUAGCUUGACAGCUGACUCGACUGGAAAACUGUUGAAAUACGAUCCACGAACUCAACGGGUAACUGUUUUGAUGAGUGGGCUUGCAGGGGCAGGUGGUCCAGCGGUUAGUAGUGACCGAAAGUAUGUGUUGGUUCCAGACUUUGUAAACAAGAAAAUUCAAAGAUAUUGGCUGCAGGGACCAAAAAGGGGCACAAAUGAGGUUUUCAUGACCAACUUUGGGAGCCCAAAGAAUAUUAAGAGAGCAGUGAAUGAUGGAGAGUUUUGGGUGGCGGUUGAGAAGCAGGCUCAAGGGCUAAGGAUCAAUGGGUCCGCAAUGGUGCUCCAAACCGUGCCCCUUACCCAAUUCUCAGAUACGACGGUUGGUGUGGUUCAGGAGAUGAACGAUGCGCUUUACGUUGGUUCGAGCCAGACUGAUUUUGUUGGUGUUUACACCAACUAGAAUCUUGUUUCCACCCCAUGGAUGAAAUAAGUACUAUUAAUUUUAUAGGAGGAUGUGAUGGAUAUAUGUUCUCCCACAAUUAAUUAACAGCAAUAGUUAAUUAUAUUGUAUGAAGUUUAAAUAAAAUAAAAUGUGUGUUUAAUUCUGAAGUAUAAUGUAGUGGAAAAGUGAUAGGCACUUGAUAGAAAUUGCACAUUUAUUAGUAUAUU